GCCGAAAUCUCCGCGCGUCACUCGAAAGCCUCCUCCCUGUGCUCAGAGAGAUGGGGAGUGGGGAGCCUAAUCCUGCUGGCAAGAAAAAGAAGUACCUCAAGGCUGCCCUGUAUGUGGGUGACUUGGACCCAGAUGUCACCGAGGACAUGUUAUAUAAAAAGUUCAGGCCUGCUGGCCCUCUGCGCUUCACCCGAAUCUGCCGUGACCCGGUGACCCGCAGCCCCCUGGGCUAUGGCUAUGUUAACUUCCGCUUUCCUGCGGAUGCUGAGUGGGCCUUGAACACCAUGAAUUUUGAUUUGAUUAACGGCAAACCUUUCCGCCUAAUGUGGUCUCAGCCAGAUGACCGCUUAAGAAAGUCUGGAGUUGGAAAUAUAUUCAUCAAAAACCUGGACAAAUCCAUAGACAAUAGGGCCCUUUUUUAUCUGUUUUCUGCUUUUGGGAGCAUUCUCUCCUGCAAAGUCGUAUGCGAUGACAACGGCUCUAAGGGUUAUGCCUAUGUGCACUUUGACAGCCUAGCCGCUGCCAAUAGGGCCAUCUGGCACAUGAAUGGAGUGCGGCUCAACAACCGCCAAGUGUACGUUGGCCGAUUCAAAUUUCCGGAAGAGCGGGCAGCUGAAGUUAGAACUAGGGAUAGAGCGACUUUCACCAAUGUUUUCGUUAAAAACUUUGGAGAUGACAUGGAUGACGACAAACUGAAGGAACUUUUCAGUGAGUACGGGCCAACUGAGAGUGUUAAGGUAAUAAGAGAUGCCACUGGGAAAUCGAAAGGCUUUGGAUUUGUGAGAUACGAGACACACGAGGCUGCCCAAAAGGCUGUGUUAGACCUGCAUGGAAAGUCCAUCGACGGGAAAGUGCUCUAUGUAGGGCGAGCACAGAAGAAAAUUGAACGCCUGGCUGAGUUAAGGCGAAGAUUUGAGCGGCUGAGAUUAAAAGAAAAAAGUCGGCCUCCAGGGGUGCCUAUCUAUAUUAAGAACCUAGACGAGACCAUCGAUGAUGAAAAACUGAAGGAGGAAUUUUCUUCCUUUGGAUCAAUUAGCCGGGCAAAAGUGAUGGUGGAAGUGGGGCAAGGCAAAGGAUUUGGUGUCGUCUGCUUCUCCUCUUUUGAAGAGGCUACCAAAGCAGUAGAUGAGAUGAAUGGUCGCACAGUGGGCUCCAAGCCUCUGCAUGUCACGCUGGGCCAGGCCAGGCGCAGGUGGUGAGAAUAAGAAUGCUCAAUUUGUUUCAGCCUUAAGCUGGUGCCUACUUAGUUUGGGCUACUUUGUGAUAAGAGGUUAUUUUAUGUGAAUUCACAGGUUUUUUUAAGUGAAUACUUUCUUUUGAAAAAAAGUGAAACUAUAAAACCUUGUUCAUUUUAGUGAAGAACAUAAUUUCUAAUUGUAAAACUGUCAUUUUGUACUAUUUUUCGAUAUAAUAACCUUAGGAAUAUGUAGAAUAAAGUUUAUUCCUCCACAUGCUUUUUCGCUAAACCAGUCAAGGUGAGGUAAUGGAGUAUAUUUCCUUCCUUAUUUCACUAAUACUACUAAAUUUAAUUUCUCCUAUGAAAGUAUUCUCGAGAUGGUCCUUACUUCUUAGUCUAUCGCAGUGAAAAUUUCUAACUUGCUUUUUGAGAAAUCAGUAGAGCAGGGGAAAGCGUAUGUGAUCCAGUUAAUGUUUGUGUAUAACUUCACUUUAAAUUAUUAUUUAAAAUGAAUAUUCCUUUUAAAAGAGGUGAGCUUUCUUUCUUCCUUUUAUUUAUUUAUAUAUUUUUUUCCUUUUUAAUAUAUUGUGGGCAUACCACAGACUUGAUAGUGACUUUGACUAAGUUUUGGAGUUUUCGUUAUUAACUUCAUGCCCAGAGAAAGAAGCAUAUUGGUAUUUCCUCAAUCAGUACCUUAGAAGAUUAACACUUUAAACAUUAAUUGUUUAAAUUCUAAGUUUCAUCUUAAAAACCUUUUCUGAGAGCUUUGAUAUUUGAAGACAGUCUAAGGAGCAUUCUUAUCACUCAUUUUUCUAAACUCCUUAGUAGGUAUACAUGGAUCAUGUUUAAUCAACAAGAAAGGUGAAUAACAACACUGAAUUGCCUUUGUCUAUAAAUAACUUUAGGAUUAACUUCAGCCUCUAUUGUGUCAAUAUGGAAGGUAAACAAUCCUGUAAUGAUGUUGAAAACUACUUUGAAGAACAUCUAUUAAACUUGUCAUUAUCUCUUAUAAAUUGUUGAAUAUAUCAAUAAGGUAAUAUUCACCGAUGUUUCAAAGUUAAGGAAAAGGUCAUCUCUCUUGAUUAAGUCACAUGCCUCCAUCUGUCAUAUGAAAGCUCUUAAUCCAGUAUGUUUCUCUUUUUGUCUAGCUGCUUGGAAGUUGCAACAAAAUGUUCUGUUCUAUAUUGCAGUUACAUUAUUUAGCCUGUAAUUUCUAUACUAUGGACUUUCUGUGUUUCACUUUUAGUUCCCUCUUCUCCAUAUCCAUCUACUUUCCAUCCAUAUUACACUUGCUUUCAUAUUUUCUUUGGAUUGCCUUUCUUUUAAUAUAUGCCAGUUCGAAUCCAUUUUGGAAUUAGAGAGAUAAAUACCUAAUUUAUGUAAAAUUGAAAUACUUACUUUUUAAAAAAAGGAUUCACUCAUACCACAGAUCCAACAGUAAG